AUGCAAAUCCCCACCGUGAACCUCAGCCCCACCAACCCCCACGCCUCUCACCAACUCCUCUCCGCCGCCACCACCUACGGCUUCGUCUUCAUCGAAAACAACGAGCUUGGCAUCCCAACCGCAGACAUCGACAACCUCUUCUCUCUAUCUAAAGAAUUCUUCGCCUCUCCGCUCGAAGUCAAGCAAGACGUCGCUAUAGGCUCUAAUGCAGCGGGUGCGAACUAUGGAUGGUUGAGCAGGGGGGUGGAGAAGUUGGAUCCGGGUCCGGGGGGGCAGAGGAGGGCGGAUGUUAAGGAAGCCUUAAACAUCGGCGCCCCCAUCUCCGGCCAACUGCAACAACCCCUCCCCACCCCCCUCCGCGCCCAUCUCAACUCCAUCCUCUCCUUCCAAUCCCGCUGCCACGAACUCUGCCUCACGCUCCUACACCACCUCGCGCAUGCCCUCGAAAUCCCGCCAUCCUGGUUCUCCGAAAAACACGACCCAGCCCUCGGGCGAUCUGGAACCGUGCUCCGCCUCCUCUACUACCCUGCCCUACCCGCCGAGGAAGUAGAGCAAGGUGUCGACGUACGCGCGGGCGCGCACUCGGAUUUCGGGUCCCUGACUCUGCUUUUUCAAAGACCCGGCCAACCCGGGUUGGAGAUUUGGAAACCUACCCCCCACGGCUCAGGGGAAGGGGAAGGGGAAUGGGUGAGUGUACCCGUCGAUCCGAAAGGCAGUGAGAGAGCGGCAGGGGAGCCGUUGCCGAUAUUGGUGAAUAUAGGCGAUUUACUGGAGGAUUGGACGGGGGGGUUGUUGAGGUCGACGAGGCAUCGGGUUGUUUUCCCCACCACAUCCUCGCCUAGACCCGGGGAGGAGGCGGAAGAGGAAGGGGAGGGGAGUGAUAGGUACAGUAUAGCCUAUUUCUGUCACCCGCUGGACGACGCGACGUUGGAUCCUGUGCCGAGCGAGGUGGUGAGGGAACAUGCGGAGCGGACGGGCAGGAAGGGGAUGAGGGAGGGGAUGACGGCGCGGGGGCAUUUGAUGGAGAGGUUGGGGGCUACUUAUAGUAUCAAGUGA